AUGGGUGAUGAAGAUGUAGUAUUGUUGGAUUUCUGGCCAAGUCCUUUUGGGAUGAGAGUGAGGAUUGCUCUGGCGGAGAAAGAGAUAAAAUACGAGUACAAGGAAGAAGAUUUGAGGAACAAGAGUGAUUUGCUUCUGAAGAUGAACCCUGUUCAUAAGAAAAUCCCUGUUCUAAUCUAUAAUGGAAAACCUGUUUGUGAGUCCCUCAUUCAGGUUCAAUACAUUGAUGAGAUUUGGCCGCAUAAAUCUCCCCUACUCCCUACUGAUCCUUACCAAAGAGCCAUCGCUAGGUUUUGGGGUGAUUUUGUUGACAACAAGAUAUAUGAUCUAGGAAGGAAAUUAUGGACCACAAAGGGAGAAGAACAAGAAGCAGCAAAGAAAGAGUUCAUUGAGUGCCUGAAAUUGUUGGAAGGAGAGCUUGGAAAUAAGGCUUAUUUUGGUGGGGAGAAUCUUGGUUACGUUGAUGUUGUGUUGGUUCCAUUUUACAGUUGGUUUUAUGCCUAUGAAAAGUGUGGGAAUUUUAGCAUUGAAACAGAGUGCCCCAAGUUGAUUGCAUGGGCUAAAAGGUGCAUGGAGAAAGACACUGUUUCCAAGUCCCUGCCUGAUCAAGACAAAAUCUAUGACUUUGUUUUGCAUUUGAAGAAAGUGUUCGGAAUUGAGUAAAAUAUUGUGCUUACAAUACAUUUCAAGACUCGCCUAAUAUCUAUGUUUCUUAAAUAAAUGGGCACUUCGUUGUGCCUUGAAUGUUGAUUUGAAUUUUGUUUUGUUUUAAGGAGUGGAAUUAAUUAUAAUUUUUAUGUUUUUUUUUUGUGUUGUUUUUUUCCUCUAAUGUCAUUGUCAAACUUGGUUGUCCAAUUUUGGAUUACCAAAAAGUUGUGGCUAAUACUGCACUCAAUGGAGAUUUUUUUUUCCUUUUUUUUAAGAAA